UUUAACAAUGUCUCGCAAACUCAAAGCUAGAAAUCUCAACCAGUUAGAAACUCAAAAUGAUAACGAACAAAUUGUGCAAGAUAGAGGAAAUGAAAUGCAUGUUGAUUUACCUGCACGACUCGAUGAUAAUGAAGAUUUACUUAAUAUGGAAAUUCCGCCUCUUAUAAAAUCUAUUACAUACAAAGAAGGGUGUGAGCGUUUGGUGAUUUCGCACAUUCAAGUCGAUAACUUUAAAUCUUAUUUUGGAAAACGAAUUAUUGGACCAUUCCAUAAGUGCUUUACUUCAAUAAUUGGGCCAAAUGGAAGCGGGAAAAGUAAUGUAAUUGAUGCCUUGUUGUUUGUAUUUGGUUACCGUGCUUCUAAAAUUCGUUCGAAAAAGGUCAGUGUCCUCAUCCAUUCUUCUGCUGGGAAAGAUGAUUUAAAUAGUUGUACAGUUGCAGUUCACUUUUGUAAGAUAAACGACAAUCUUAUUGGUAAUGGUUACACAAAGGUUCAUGGUUCGGAUAUUGAAAUUUCACGGACUGCAUAUAAAGAUAAUACUAGCAAAUAUACACUUAAUGGGCGAACAGUGAAAUUCAAAGAAAUUGGCGAUCUUUUACGUGCAAAUGGAAUUGACUUGGUUCACAAUCGUUUUUUAAUCUUACAGGGAGAAGUUGAGCAAAUUUCAAUGAUGAAACCUAAAGCUGAAACGGAAGAUGAGGAAGGUAUGCUUGAAUAUUUGGAAGAUAUUAUUGGUUCAAGCCGGUUAAAACCGCUUGUUUUGAAACUUCAUAGACGAAUUGAACAGUUAAACGAGCGUCGAGCUCUACAACUUCAGCGAGUUCAACACGCAGAGAAGGAGAAAAAUCAAUUGGAUGGGCCAGUCCGAGAAGUGUUAAAACUAAUGCGUCUGGAGAAUGCUUUGACUUGUUUGAACAACAAAAUUUUGCUUUCAAAAAGCAUUCUCGACAGAUGCGACGAUGCUGUCCAAUCAGUCAGAAAGAAAAAAGCUAAUCAGGAACAAGUAAUAGUUAAAGCAGAAAAUGACUCGAAUAGACAUGAAAGUCGCCGCAAUAAAUUAAUGAAGGAUAUUGAAAAUGAAAAUCAAAGGGUUGAGGAACUUGAGUCUGUGCCUGAACGUUCUAGAGGAAAGAUUGAGGCUUUUCGUAAUCAGCUCGAAGAAAUGAAUGCACAAAUUGAAGAGUUUUCACCCAUUUUGAUGGCGAAGUUGCAAGAAGUACGUGAAGCUUUGAAAUCUGAGGAACCAAAGAAAGCAAAAUUGGAAGAGGAACUUGGUGAACUUUCAAUUAAAGAGGAUUCAUUGAAUAGUAAGUUAACUUUGGCUCAGCAACGUCUUUUAAACCUUCAAAGUGAAGAAGAGGAACAGAGACAAAAAUUCGAUGCUUUACAAGCAGAUUUGCUUAGAACUGAGGAGACUGUCUCAAGCCGAGAGAAAAAACUUCAAACAGCCCAAGCCCAGCUUCCGGACCUUGAAGCCACAUUUGAAGGGAAAACUUCAAGACUGGCUCAUUUACACGAACAGGAAGCUCGGUUCACUGGACGAAUACGUGAACUCAGACGAAAAUAUGAAGAGCAGAAACAAACUGAGGAAUGUUACACUAGCGCUAAUAAACUUCUAAAUCGAAUAAUGGAGGCAAAACGUAAUGGAGAAAUUCAAGGGAUAUUUGGACGUUUGGGCGAUUUGGGUGCUAUCGAUGAAAAAUACGACACUGCUAUUUCUGUAAAUUUUCCGCAGCUUGAAUAUAUUGUUACCGACACAAUUCAAACUGCCCAACAAUGUAUUGAAUUGUUGAAACGUGAACAACUUGGCGUCUCUACAUUUAUUGCACUUGACAAACAACAACAAUAUUGGCGAAAUAUUUGUGCAGUUCCUAAGACACCAGAAAAUGUUCCUCGACUUUUUGAUUUGAUUCGUGUUAAAGAUGAACAUGUUCUUCCUGCUUUUUAUUAUGUUCUGGGUGAAACGCUUGUAGCGGAUGAUAUUGUCGCUGCUACACGUAUUGCAAUGGGUAGUGAGCGUCGUUGGAGAACCGUUACUCUUAAAGGCGAGCUUGUUGACGUUUCUGGUGCAAUGACAGGUGGUGGAACUGUCCAAGCCCGAAGCCGAAUUGGUCGUGAAGUUGUCGUUGUUACCAGCCAACAAUUAGAUAAUCGUCAAGAAGCCUCAACACAACAACAAUUGGCAGAAUUACAGCAAGAAUUAAACAACGCAGAGGCAGAGUUGACCAACAUUAAACGCCAACAUGCACAACUUGAACCUGAACUUCAGAAACGUAGAGAUGAUUUAAAACAGAUCAGACUGUCGAUUAGAGAAAUGCAACUAGAGAUUGAGAAUUCAAAUAUACGAAUAGUUGACCUUAGGAAGCAAAUUGAGAUACAAAAACAAAAUGUUGUGAAUGCAUCAGCAAACCCUGAGGAAGUUAAAAAUGUUAAAGCAGAAAUUACUUCUCUUACUUCAAAAACUACUGAAAUUGGCAAGCAAACUGAUAAAAUUCGCUCAUCUCUUAUGGCAAUAAAUGCUCGGAUGGAGGAGGUUGAUGAGAGAAUUGCAGGUCCUCACAGAGAACGUUUACGUGAAGCAGAGGACCGUAAGAAAGAAGCGGAAAAUGGAAUUACUAAAGAAUCGGCAGCAAUUAUAACAAGUGAAAGAAAUUUGAAAAAGUCGCGUGCUAAAAUUGCAAAUUUGGAGAAAGAUGUUAUGGAUGUAGAGAAACAAUUCGAAUUGUGCACAAAAAGUAUUUCUUUGGCUAGAGAUCGUUUAGUAGAAUAUGAAACACAACUUGUGCAAUGCAAUGAAGAUCUAGAUUUAGCUAAACAAAAAUUAAAUGAGUUUAUUAGUUCGGUUAGUGAUAAUAAUGAAAGAGAAGUCGAAUUACAAAGACAAGUCAGUCAAUUGCAACAUGAAGUAAAACGUCUUACUGGUGAAUUGGCAACACUAGAGGCAAAAUUGAAAGCUUUGUCUUCAAAGCUUUCAAAAUUGCGACUCUAUAGGUUGAAACGAUUGACAGAUGCUCUUUCUAAACAUAUAGAGCCUUUAAUUUUACCUGAUGAAGAUUUUGAUGAAUUAGUGGAUGAUGAUGUUGAAGAAAUGGAGCAGGAUGAGAAUUUGAAUGUUAAUGAACAAUUACCUAAACAAAAGUUACAACGACAACUUUCAUCAGCACAAAAACGUCAACAGCAACAACAAAAUAUUUUACAACAACAGCAAGAAGAGGCAAAUGAUGGGUUGGAUUCUUAUCUUGAAGAAUGUAUUGAACAAGAGGAAACGGAAGCAGCUGAUAGAAUUGAAUUGGAAAGGAUUGAAAUUGAUGAAAACUCGGGACCGGUGGACGAACCAAUGGAGCAGGACUUAGUUGACGACGAUGUAAUUGAUGCAAAUCUUACUACCACUCCUGCUUCUCAAAAUUUAUCUCAUCUCCAGUCACCAAAUGAUCGUCGUCCACAUAAUUCUGCUGCUAAAACGAGAACAAAUCCAGAUUCUCAAAUGAUAAUACAGAAUUCACAAUGUUUUAUUCCAUUACCUCGCUAUACGGAUGAACGGAUUAGGGAAUUUUGCGUCGACGAUUUGGAGACAGAUCUAGCAACAUUGGAACAGCGAAGAGCAAAGCAACGAGUUAAUUUGGCGAUUGUUAUGGAUUUUAUGCAAAAGUUGGAUCGCUACGAGGCGGAAUUUAACCGUCUUUCUGAAAUUACUUCACUUCGUGAUCGCCAUCGUGCUUUGCAUGAUAAAUUGAAGAAACAGCGUCUUUUUGAAUUUAUGGAAGGAUUUCAAGAGAUUGCCACACUUCUCCGCACUACAUAUCAAAUGAUUACUAUCUUGGGAGAUGUUUCACUUGAAUUGGUAGAUGCAUUAGAUCCAUUUUCUGAAGGAAUUGCAUUUAAUGUUCGACCACCGAAAAAAUCUUGGAAACAGAUAUUGAAUUUGUCUGGCGGUGAAAAAACUUUGGCAUCUCUUUCUUUGGUUUUUGCCCUUCAUCAUUAUAAACCAACACCACUCUAUGUGAUGGAUGAAAUUGAUGCUGCGUUGGAUUUUCGAAAUGUUUCUAUAAUCGCUAAUUAUCUUUUGGAGCGUACACGUAAUGCUCAAUUUAUUGUUAUUUCACUUCGCAAUCAAAUGUAUGAAAAAUCGGAUCGUUUAAUUGGAAUUUACAAAAUUAAUGAUUGUACAGGAAAUGUAUGUGUGGAUCGACAUGUUUUUGAGAAUAAACGUGAGUUAAAGUAUGAACAAUUAAAUACAUGA